AUGACAACCAUCCGUUGUCUUCUGGCUAUUGCAUCCUUUAAAAAUUGGAAACAAUAUCAACUAGAUGUCAACAAUGCUUUUUUACAUGGAGAUGAUACACCAAGUAUUCUUGCUCUCCAAAAUCAUCAGCAUAUUGUUUUUAGCAUUAAAGACUUGGGACAACUUACUUUCUUCCUUGGUCUUGAAAUCAGAUAUCUCCCUCAAGGUAUCAUCAUAACACAAAGCAACUUCACCAAAGAGUUUUUAUUAGACAGUGGUAUAACCAAUUUUAAAAAAGUUGUUACCCCUCUUCCUAUCAAUCUAAAGCUACAAAAAGACAAUUUCCCAAUUUUCCAUGAUCCACCUUUGUACCGUAGCCUCGUUGGAAAAUUAAAUUUUUUAACCCACACCUGUCCUGACCUCGCUUAUACAGUACAAAAACUAAGUCAAUAUCUUCAGAAUCCUACUCAAGCCCAUUACAAUGCCUUACAACAUACACUCCACUAUGUUCAUUCAAUAGCUGGUCAAGGCAUACUUCUUCAUGCCAUUGAUAGACUUUCCUUACAAGCCUUCUCUGAUUUUGAUUGGGGUGCCUGA